UCAGAUCGGAACGAAAAAUUUUGACCAGUCGCCGUGUUGGUCGGUUGUCAAAAUUUCACAUCAUACGUCAGAAAGCAAAAUUUUUUGUAUCAUUCUCCCAAAUCUGGCAAAGAGGUUUUAGGAAUGGCUCAUCUAUACGCGGCGUAUAGGUGUAAUUUUUGCUGUGAGCUUCCGGAGACAACACCAAUCUACCACUGCCCUAACAGACAUCAAUACUGCAAUGAAUGCUUCAGAAAGUUGCAAAGGCUUUAUCGUGGGAGCGUUGAGGGCGGAGGCUGUUGUUUAAUUUGUAAAUGUGCUGCCAAAUUUGAAAAAAGUGAUGUAAGUUCGGAGUUAUUGAAAAAACUUAAAGUUAAACCAGGAAUCGGACGACCCUUAAAAUGUAACCCAAGGAAGAAUAUGUUUCUCGAUGAUGGUGAAAUUUCUACUGGUGAAAACAUGUUUGGCUCACAACUUGAAAAGAACCAAGGCGAUGGCUUAAAAUCUUUAAAAAUGAGAUCAAUGAGUGCCACAACAAUGUCAAAACGACCUCUGACAUGUCUUCACGAUGGUUGUAGAAAAUCAGUAGCCGUUUCCUCCCUCGUUAGCCAUUUCAAACAUGAUCACCCAGCAGUUCCUUGCUUUGGAAUCGAAAGGGGGCGAGAGUUAAAAAUGUUAUUUGACAUUUCGUUAGUGGAACACAAUCGAACUUUCUGUCUAUCGAUGAUAACGGUUUACGAAUUUAACAAAAUCGACGUCGUUCGCUCGAAAAGUUCUCAAAGUGUGAUCAAUACUUGCAGUAAGCUGUCUGGGAGAGUGCCGCUUAACACUUUCUGGUUAAUGAUGAGCGGUUCGAGUGAAUACAGGAAAGACAAUUUCUAUGUACUUUUCUGGCUUUAUUCGAAUUGCGAAGAUCGAUUUUGGUACACGAUAGAGCUGUCAUCGAAAAACGAUAGAAUUAGUGAUUCAAGUUUUUGCAGUGCUGUUGGUUUGCAUGAAAGUCGCACCGUGGAAGACGUUGCCAGAAGUAUGAACUGCCUCUUUGUCAAUUAUGGGUCUUUUAUAGCCCUUCUUGAAGAAGGGGAUAAAAUUAAUUUAAGAAUCACCGUACAUUAAGUUUAAAUUAUCUGUGCCUAUUUAAUUCGUAUUUGCAGGGAAGCUCUCACAAUAAAAGAAUUUUUCUUAAGUAUAUGUACUAUACUAUGAUGCUCUAGAUAAGAAUUUACAGUUCUUUAUAGAAAAUACUAAAGUGAAAAUAACUGUAUUAUUGUAGACAAUUCACUAAUAAAUCAUUUUCAUUACUA